AUGUUCAACGAAAGAGAUAGAAGUUGUAUUUUGAACAUCCCUCUUAGUCUCUCAUCGUGUUCUGAUACAUGGUGCUGGAAAUUCGAGUCCAAAGGUCACUAUUCGGUUAAGAGUGCAUAUAGGUUCCUGGUUGAUGGCUUUCGACAUAGGGAAGGGAGCGAGAUAUGGAAAAGGUUCUGGAAAGCUAAAGUUCCCCCAAAAGUGCUCAAUUUCUGCUGGCGGGCUCUAGUUAAUGUUGUCCCUUGCCUCUCGUCACUUCAGUCCAAGAGAGUCCCAGUUGAUCCUUCAUGCCCGCUGUGUCAUGUAGCCCCUGAGAAUGUCUUGCAUAUUCUGAUUCAGUGCCCUUUUGCCCGCAGCUGCUGGUUAAGCUCGCCGUUGGGUUGGCCUGCGCCUUCUGCAUCUUCUUUAAAUGAGUGGUUUUCUUUAGCCUUCUCUUCUGCUUCUGUGGAAAAUGCCUCCCUUAUGCUAAUGAUCUUAUGGGCUUUGUGA